AUGAAAGUGAAGUUUCCAAACGGUCAGGGCGUGGGCGAAAGGGAAGUGGACAACCCGUUAUUCACAUUCAAGAUUCCGCAGUCGGUGGUGGAUGGCGAAUAUGGGUCAUUCGACUCGGAUAAUCGAAACACGACGAUGCGAUGCCCGGCUCCCCAGAGCUAUCCCAACUCUGCCAAUGAUCUCUUGAGCCAACGACCAUACAAGGACUGGGUUUACGAUGCAUUUGCUCGUGCGGACAAUUUCUCAGAAUUCUCGUCGGUGAGCGAUCGAUUCGUCAGCAUGGAACUGGUGCACAACGGUAUCCAUUGGGACGCUGCAUGUGGGCAGCAAUUCCUCGGCCCAGACCUAUCCGGAUUCGACCCGUUGUUUAUGUUGCACCACAGCAACAUGGACCGACUAUGGGCAUACUGGCAGGCUGUUCGACCUGAUGAGGAGAUAUUUCAAGGGUCGUAUAGCGGCCUAUCCCGGUUUGGUUCCCCCGAAGGAUCCACGAUAACAGCCCAAUCGCCACUGCAGCCCUUUUUCGGUCUCAACGGUAAACCGCAUACAACGGAGACUGUGAGGCGCCUGCAAGAUUUUGGGUACUCUUACGAGGGGCUGGAGUACUGGUACAAAUCGGAAGACCAGAUGAGACGGGAUGCCAUCACCCUGAUCAAUCGUCUUUAUUCGGAAGGGGGCGAGUCUCAAAGCGAGCGGCGCCAGACACCCCAAGCAAAGAGAAGAUACUUUGCGCGGAUCAGUGUGGACAGGGCCGACAUCCCGAAGCCGUGCCAGAUCAAGCUGUCCCUUAAUGACAAGCCAGCCGGGAGUUUCGUGGUAUUUGGCCAACCCGCCAAAGGAAUGCUGAGCGCAGGCAUGCCAUUGGAUAAGGCAUUGCGAAAUACCAACAUGACGACACUUCCUGUUGAACACGCGGCAGAUGCAAUCGCAACGUCUAUGAAGGUUCAGAUUGUCAAGCCGGAUGGAACCGUUGUGAGCAACGUGACGAGUCUGAAGGUCUCGCUGGAGGAUGUUGAGGUUACGCCGCCGCGGACACCAGAUUCUUUUCCCACGUUCGGACUGUCCAACUUCUUUCCAGUGGCGAACCUCCUUCGUCAGCUGGCUCAUCAUCAUCUGUGA